CUUCGUAAGGUAUUCACCGGUUCACAAUAUGGAGAAUAAGCGCGGAAUCGACGAAACUGAAGGAAAAGAAACUCCUUCUGAUGUCAAGAAGCAGAGGGCAAAUAUCACACACAGUGAAGGCAUUCUCCUUGGCUACGGCAACCCCCUCCUGGAUAUCUCUGUCAAUGCCACAGAGGAAUUCCUGAAGAAAUAUGGCCUGGAUGCCAACAAUGCCAUCCUGGCCGAGGACAAACACAAGCCCAUAUAUGAUGACAUGUUGGCCACAUUCAAGGAUCAGGUAGACUUUGUCCCAGGUGGCGCCACUCUCAACGCCCUCCGUGUAGCUCAGUGGCUGAUUGGCAAACCUAACUCGGUCACAUUUUUCGGGUGCGUCAGUAAAGACAAGUAUGGUGAUAUCCUGCAGCAGAAGGCCCAGGAGGCAGGGGUCAAUGUACGCUUCCAGUACACGGACAAGGAGCCCACAGGGACAUGUGCUGUUGUCUGUACCGGCAAGGACAGAUCUCUGGUUGCUAAUCUAGCUGCAGCUAACUGCUUCACGGAAGAACAUCUGGAUAAAGUAGAAAAUAUGUCGUUUGUGGAGAAAGCCAAGUACUACUACUGCGCUGGCUUCCCCUUGACGGUGUGUCCCAAGGCAAUGUUAAAGAUUGCCCGACAUUCCUUGGAGAAGCAGAAGACCUUCUGCAUGAACCUGUCGGCGCCAUUCCUGUGCCAGUUCUUCAAGGACCCCAUGUUGCAGCUCAUGCCUUAUGUUGACUAUGUCUUCGGAAAUGAAAAUGAAGUAGAAGAAUUUGCCAAAGCAAACGAAUUUGGUACUCUGGAUCACAAGGAAAUUGCCCUGAAAAUAGCCAGUCUUCCGAAGGAGGGCAGUCGGCCCCGCACUGUCAUCAUCACUGAAGGGGAGCUGCCUGCUAUAGUUGCACGCGAUGGAACAAUUACUGAGUUUAAAGCUACCAUUGUACCAGCCGAUAAAAUAGUUGACACAAACGGUGCUGGAGAUGCAUUUGUUGGAGGGUUCCUAUCUCAACUUGUGAAGGGGAAGCCUUUAGAAGAGUGUAUGCGCUGCGCCCACUGGUCAGGGCAGUUCAUUAUACAGCAGUCGGGGUGCACGUUCCCCAAGACACCCUCAUAUCAGUGAAACCAUGUCAUUCCCUAAUCACUGUACAGAUAAUUACUCUUGAUGAAGGCAAUAUCGGAAAACUGGAGGACCUGACCUCUAGAGGUGUCUGACCCAGACUGAUGGCUGGGGUCUGCUCAGACCAGUGAGGGGUCGGGUCUGAAGGUCUUUUCAUUACUUUAUUAUCAUCAAUCCAUUAAUACUGAUCAUGUGACAAGUCAAUAAUCCAGGUCCAUAUCAGUGACACGAUUUACAGUUGUACAUUCAAAUGUAUCGUUUCAUCAUGUGGUACAUAUGUACAUGUAUAACAAUAUACAACGUUACACACUGCAUGGGAGACUUGGUAUCCAAGUUCCACUUAAUUACUUUGCACUGUAGCCUGAUGGCUGUUUGAGGGUGGGUUUCACUGACUACAGCAACUGAGAUGCUCUAUCAUUAGCACAAGACUGAUCUGAUUUUACUGUGAAACAUAACGUAAAACCACAAUGAAAUAAUGCUUGGGGUAAAAUAUUUUGUAUUUGUAAACAAUGACAACACAGAAUCAUUGUUGAUCCCAGUAUGUUAAAUUGAAAGCAGAAUAAAAUUUGCUGAUGUGAUAAAAUUGUCUAACCCAUCCGCGAUGUAGUCAAGUAUAGAUUUUCCCGCCUGAGAACUGACAACCUCGAUCAGGGCCCUCUGUAUCUUGAUAGGAUGUCUGGAUGGUGAUAGGGCCGGAAUGCUGUACACAAGGCUCACGAUUUGUGUAUUGUGAAACUGUUUGGAUGAUGCACAAGUCAGUAUACAUCAUUUCAGGUAGACAUGUCACUGGAAAACCAAAUCUGUGUGGGAUUAAUUUCAGUCCCUGUAUUUUUAUUCAAGUUUUUCACAGCACAUUCUGUGUCUAUGCAAACUCUAUGUAUAACAAUCUGGUAGGUAGUUAUUACCCAAGUUUGCAGCAGGAUAGGUCAGAAAGUCAGGCGAAUAUCUGAAGCUUAUCAUGAUACAGACACAAUAGAACAAUGAAAAAUAUGUCUCACGUAAACAAAUAUAAUUUCAACAUUACAUGUUUUGGGGUGAAAAUAUUAAUCAUAUUUCAAAAAGAAAAAUGCUUUAAAGCACUAAAAGUUACCUUUCAGCUUAAAGUUCUAUUAAUAGAUGAACCAAGAUGAUGGUUAAAAUGUGUGGUAUUCAUGAACUGUCACUCCCUACCUGUUGCACAAAGAUGGUUCAGUCAUACACCUCCAGACCAUUACUGAUAAUGGACUCAAGGGCAUGAGGCAAAGAUCCGAUUGACUUUGGUUAAACAUUUAUUGUGAUGUCAUACUGAAUAUCUAUCCUUAGUUUUUCAGGCUCUCAGACAGGUAGUUCAAAACAGAAAGUGUGUAUAGUCAGUAUGUCUCUUGUGAGUAUUUUACAAUCUACGACUGAAACAUGAGAUCUGCAAGCAGCUGGCUACAUAUCUGUCAAGGUUUAUUGUGGGACUUGCUACAUGUCACAUGUAUCUUUCUUGUUUACAAUUAUGUAUUUGGAAUUUCAGCAGUAUUUUAGCUGAGGUACUGAGAAGUUUGAUUAUUUUUACAUUGAUAUCAGUAAUAAAAUGAGGAACUGAUAAAAGGUCUGUUAUUAAAUACUAGAGCUUUCCUUUCUCGGGUCAUGUUUGUUUGAAAUGCCUGCUGCUUGAAUGAGUUUCACAUAUUUUGGUUUACCAUUUUUCACAAUGUCAACCUAUGCAUAUUUGCAAGACAUUCAGUCAUUUCUUGCUGUGUCAGAUGUCAUAUGUGCAUAAAUGAUGAUAACAA